AUAUAGGGCAUUAUAUCAGUGGCGUAAAGUUGGCGAUACUAAUUUUCCGUUAUGGUCAUACAGGCCCCAUACCAGCUUGGUUCUACCCCUGAGAACGUGUAUUGCUCUCUCCGUUGCCAAGAGUAUCGUAUUAGAGGUGCAGUGAUAGCGACCGGGCUCGGCGGAGUCCAGCUUGCCGACGGGCGGUGCAGCGGCAAGCAGCAGGGGCACGGCUCUGACAACUUCACGUCUGAGGCAACCCGGGAAAUUUCCAUUUAAAAGGAGCGGCAAGGCGCAAAUGUCUAUGCAGCAAUUCCUGGACGUCGGCAUGUCAAAGGCUCAGCUGGACACCAUCAGCAAAAAGCUCGAAACCUGGUUUUACGUCGCAAAAUCGCCUCCAAGCAGGUUGACAGCCCGUACUUCUUGGACUUCGCCCUCUCGCUGCGACCACAUACAACCCACCGGCGAUGCAUCGGUCUCUCAAUCCUGCUUUGAUGGUGUCGAUAGCACUGCACGCGAUGGCUCACAGGCAGCUGUUAAGGCGUCCAAGGCGGACAUUGACGGCGACAUGAUCAAGCCUGCGAACGACGACAUGAGCUACAGUUCCCCGUUAGCGGAGCCGGCAAACUUUUGCACUUGCCCCUUUGGCAGCUUGUGGGUUGUUGUAAGGUGUAAUGAUUUAAACCAUCCAUUUACGACCAUUCACCUAGCGGUUCGCGUGGGCUCCCUGUCCGACCCGGAUGCCCUCCCUGGCCUAGCGCACUUCACGGAACACAUGCUCUUUUAUUCGUCGGAGAAGUACCCCAUGGAGCACAGCACACCGCACAAUGACCCUCUCCCCCCGUGGGUCAUUGCGGACGAGUACACCAAGUUCAUAUCGGACCGAGGGGGGUCCACCAACGCCUACACCGCCGCUGAGCACACCAACUAUCAUUUUGACAUUAAUUGGGAGUCCCUGGGAGGUGCUCUGGACCGAUUUGCGCAGUUUUUCAUUGCACCCACCAUCAGCAGGGAUGGCAUCGAGCGGGAGGUCAAGGCGGUGGACUCCGAGCACGGCAAGAACCUGCAGUCUGAUGCCUGGCGCAAGUCCCAGGUCAGCCGGGCCACUGCCAACCCAGCUCACCCCUGGGCGAGAUUCUCUUCAGGUAACUACGACACGCUAUACACCGGGCCCCUGGCUGCCGGUAUCGACCCACGGGACGCUGUGGUGGACUUUUACAACCGCCACUACUCGGCCGACCGUUGUGCACUUGCCGUACUGGGCCGGCAGUCGUUGGACGAGCUGGAGGGCAUGGUUCGUGCCAUGUUUUCGGACGUACCCAACAAGCAGCUACCUCGGCCUACGUUUGGAGUUGACGUAUUCUUGCCCAACCAGAUGGGUGUCCUGAUCAGGAUCGUUCCAGUGAGGGAGGGCCAGAGCCUGGAGCUGGUGUGGCAGGUUCAGCCCUCGGAGCGUCUCUACCGGGAGCAGCCUCUGGGCUACCUGAGCCACCUCCUGGGGCAUGAAGGCGAGGGCAGUGUGUUUGCGCUGCUCAAGGCUGCAGGUUGGGCCAGUGCGCUGUGGGCGGGGGAGAGCGGGGGGGGCAUGUCCUUCACCAGCUUCUUCACGGUUCACGUGGACCUCACUGAGGAGGGGCAGCGUCACAUUCAGGAAGUGGCCGCCACUGUGUUUAGUCAACAACUUGGUGUGAGGAGGUACCUGGCGCUGUUGCGGCGGCCGGGGGGCGUGUGUGCGCGCAUCUGGGAGGAGGUUCGGGGGCUCGCUCAACUCCAGUUCGACACUCGCGACCGCUCCAAGCCCCUCACCUACUGCACCUCCCUGGCGAGUGGACUGCAGCUCUACCCGGAAAAGGAUUUGCUGCCGGCCGUGUACGGCGUCCCCCGGGAGUUCUCCCCCUCCCGCAUCCGUGAGGCCCUGGAGCUGCUCACCCCCGAGCGGGUGAGGGCCCUAUGGAUCAGCAAAGUACACAACACCACGAACAACACCACGACGGCAGCUGCAACGGCAGCUGUGCCAAGAGCGGCAGCGCAAGAGGGCGUAACGGCGCAAGCGGCGGCUUCCUCGCCGGCUUUGGGGCCGGAGGCAGCAGCAGCAGCAGCAGCAGCAGUAGCAGCGGGGGGAGAGGAGCAGCAGCAGCAGCAGGGGACGUCACCCGGUAGGAAUGAUGGUACGGCAUCUGGUUGUACGGAGGCGGGGGAUGUGGCUAACAAUGCAGCGCCUGUGGGGAGACCGGAGGAAGAGCUGCUCACGGAGCCUGUGUACGGCACGCGGUACGGCAUCAGCCCUUUACCUGCCGACUGGUUGUCUGCAUGGCUGGCGGCUCAGCCCGAGGACGAGCCGAAGCUGCACCUGCCCGCCCCGAACCGCUUCAUCCCCACGGACCUCUCUCUGGCGGAUGACGAGGCGAGCGCGGGCCCCUCGGAGCCCGUGGUGGCGGCGGCGGUACCCGGCAGGCUGAGACUGUGGCACAAACCCGACACGCGCUUCCGCCAGCCCAAGGCAGUACUGUACCUCGAUGUCAUGAGCCCGGAGGCGUACGGCAGCCCCCGUGCGGCGGUCAUGACAAGGAUGUUCACCAAGUUGAUGUUGGAUUACCUGAACGAAGUGGCGUACCCGGCACAACAGGCGGGUUUGGACUACAACCUCAUCAACACUCAGUCGGGCUGGCAGCUACUGCUGAGCGGCUACAACCACAAGCUACCCGAGCUGCUAAUGGAAGUGCUGGAGAGGCUGGCAGACUUCAAGGUCCUCCCCGACCGCUUCGAGUUCGUACGGGAGGGGCUUGUACGGGAGUACGCCAACCAGCUGCACAAUCAGCCGUACUCCUGGGCUAUGUACCGGGCGGAGAUGCUGACGACAGCACGGCGCUGGCCCAUUGAGUUGUACGGCGGUCAGGCAGCUGAAGUCACGGCGGAUGAGCUGCAGUCCUUUGUGAAGCGGCUGUGCAGCAGGUGUUUCGUGGAGGGUCUGGCGGCAGGGAAUCUUAGGCAGCGGGAAGCGCUCCGUUGUGCGGGGCUGCUCCUGCAGUGCCUGAGGGACCGGUGCGGGGCGGCCCCGCUGCACCCCGCGGAGGUGGCCGAGCUCAGGAUGCUGGAGAUACCGCCAACACCACCACCGCCUCCGCGGCCGCAGCCGUCGGCAUCAUCGUCGUCGUCGUCGGGGGCGGCGGCGGCGUUAGAGGCGGGUGGUGAGGUAACGGCGGACAACGGCACAAGUGCGGCGCAUGGAGUUGGCAUCAGCGGGAGCGCUGCUGGCGGCAGUGUGGAGGGUGCGGGCAGCGGGCUUUCCAUCGUUGCUGGUGGUGGUCACGAAGUUAAUGGUGGUGGUGGUGGUGACGACGAUGAGGAGGAUGGUUACCCAUCUGUCGGUGGUGGGUGGCUGUUCGCAGAGGAUGUACCCAACGGAUUGGACGAGAAUUCGGCGGCCCUGGUCAUGUACCAGGUCGGUUUGGACGACCUGCGCCGCAACGCCCUUCGCGCUCUGUUGGUGCACCUCGCUAAGCGAGAUGCCUUCAGUGAGUUGCGCACUCGGCAGCAGCUGGGCUACAUCGUGUCGCUGCACGGCGGCUCGGAGCAUGGAAUGGGGUACGUGGAGAUGCUGGUGCAGUCAAACGCGUAUGAUGCCCAGGAGCUUUGCCGUCGCUUGGACAGCUUCAUGCAAUGGUUCCUUCAAACCGCCCCGGCAGCACAACAGCUGCCUGAGUGUCCAGCUGGCUCCGGCUCCGGUCAUCGUGAAGGAGCUGGCAAGAUCGAGGGCGCCACAGCUUGGGAGUCAUCUGAGCAGCAGCAGCAGCAGCAACAGGUGCAUGGUGGAGGAAACACAACCAUGGAUGGUCCAGGGUCUACUCCAGGGGCGCCCACCAGGACAGAGUUUGAAAUUGCAGUGGAGGAGCUGGCAAAGGCCAAGCUGGAGAAGCCGAAAAAGAUGGUUGUGCCAUGCACCCUAAGCGCACCGCAGUUCACCAAGCUUUGUGUCGUCCACAGUGUCGGGGCGCGAUACAUUUGCCCUUCUUCAACAUGCAUGUAA